CGCCGCCGCAGUGCUUAGUUUCCCGGGGACAGGAAACCUUCGAGACCGAGCUGCCACUGCCGCCUCCCCGACUGCCCCCCAUUCCGCGCGCCUGCCACACCCUCCUCCCCUUCUUCCAGUAUCUUCCGGUGGGGCACUGCAGGGACUCGGCCCGCGCUGCAGUCUCCCCCUCCCGGGGGAAAGCUGUGACCCCCCCCGCAGGAGCGGCGGGGCGGGGUGGGGGGGCCCGGGAGAAGAUGGCGACGCCGGGAAGCGAACCCCAACCUUUCAUCCCUGCCCUCUCGGUGGCUACUCUGCACCCACAUCACCAUCCCCACCACCACCACCACCACCAUCAGCACCACGGAGGAACCGGAGCCGGCAGCGGGGUCGGGGGAGGCGGCGGCGGCGGCGGCGGCAGCGGGGGCUUCAACCUGCCCUUGAACCGGGGGCUGGAGCGCGCGCUGGAGGAAGCGGCCAAUUCCGGGGGGUUGAACCUCAGCGCCAGGAAAUUGAAGGAAUUUCCCAGGACCGCGGCCCCAGGGCACGACCUCUCGGACACGGUGCAGGCAGAUUUAUCUAAAAACAGACUGGUCGAAGUCCCAAUGGAAUUGUGCCAUUUUGUAUCACUGGAAAUUCUUAAUCUGUAUCAUAAUUGCAUCAGAGUCAUUCCUGAGGCCAUCAUUAAUCUGCAGAUGCUGACUUACUUAAACUUGAGUCGAAAUCAGCUGUCUGCCCUGCCUGCCUGCCUGUGUGGUCUGCCUCUCAAAGUCUUAAUCGCAAGUAACAACAAACUUGGAUCGCUGCCAGAAGAGAUAGGUCAGCUCAAACAGUUGAUGGAGUUGGAUGUCAGCUGCAACGAGAUCACGGCCUUGCCCCAGCAGAUAGGUCAGUUGAAAUCUCUACGGGAACUGAAUGUCAGAAGAAAUUACCUUAAAGUUUUACCACAAGAACUAGUAGAUCUUCCCUUGGUAAAGUUUGACUUUUCCUGCAAUAAAGUGCUCGUGAUUCCCAUUUGUUUUAGACAGAUGAAACAGCUGCAAGUAUUACUACUUGAGAACAACCCUUUGCAGUCUCCUCCAGCACAGAUUUGCACAAAGGGCAAAGUGCACAUAUUCAAGUAUCUGAGCAUACAAGCAUGUCAGAUUAAGACAGCUGACUCCCUUGAUCUCCACACGAUGGAGAGGCCACAUUUCCACCAGCCCGUGGAGGAUAGCAAGAAGGAUUCUGAUUCGGGUGUUGGAAGUGAUAAUGGAGAUAAGCGUUUAUCUGCCACAGAGCCUUCUGAUGAAGACACUGUUAGCCUCAAUGUGCCAAUGUCAAACAUCAUGGAAGAAGAACAGAUCAUCAAGGAGGACUCAUGCCAUCACCUUAGCCCAGUUAAAGGGGACUUUCAUCAGGAAUUUCAACCAGAGCCUUCCCUUUUGGGUGACAAUGACAACUCAGGAGAAGAAAGAGGCCAAUUUACUGAUGGAACAGAUGUUCUCCGUUCAGAAUUUAUAACCUAUAUUAAGGAUAAGGCUGAGGACUGUGAAGAACUGUUACGGAUAGAAGAGGACACGCACUGGCAACCUGAGGGAAUAAUAAGUUCAUCCAAAGACCAGGACAUGGAUAUAGCGAUGAUUGAACAACUGAGAGAAGCAGUAGAUUUGCUGCAAGAUCCCAACAGAUUAAGCACUGAUAUUACAGAGAGAAAUGUUGUAAACUUUUAUCCUGUGGAAUCAGCAGAAGCCUUAGACUUACAAGAUUCUGCACUAAAUGGUCAAAUACAGCUGGAGACCUCUCCGGUGUGUGAGGUGCAAAAUGAUCUCACAUCACAGAGCAAUGGGAGCGAGUAUUCUCCAAAUGAGAUGAGAGCGAACUCGCCUGCAAUCUCUCCCACCACCAACAGCACAGCUCCAUUUGGCCUCAAGCCUCGAUCAGACCCAGCCCUCACUCUUCCUCCUAUCUCCUUCAACAAACUUACACAGGCACAAACAUGGGACAGCUCUAGCUACAGUGUUCCAUCUGAAGGAGACAGUGACAAUGUGUUUCUAAGACCUCAGAGAAAUUUGGAAUCUAUAGACCCACAGUUUACAAUUCGGAGGAAAAUGGAACAGAUGAGAGAGGAGAAGGAACUGGUGGAACAGCUCCGUGAGAGCAUCGAGAUGAGACUCAAGGUCAGCCUGCACGAAGACCUGGGGGCCGCACUCAUGGACGGCGUGGUCCUCUGCCACCUGGUCAAUCACAUCCGCCCGCGAUCCGUCGCAAGCAUCCACGUCCCCUCACCAGCAGUUCCCAAACUUAGCAUGGCCAAAUGCAGAAGAAAUGUGGAAAACUUUUUGGAAGCAUGCCGAAAAUUAGGAGUACCAGAGGCCGACCUCUGCUCUUCGUAUGACAUCCUGCAUUCGGACUUUCGUCACGUUCGAAAGACUGUUGACACUCUCCUGGCACUUGGGGAGAAACCCCCACAACCAACCUCUGCCCUCCGCUCCAGGGACCUUAUAAGCUUCUGUCUUGUCCAUAUUCUCUUUAUAGUGCUAAUCUAUGUCACUUACCACUGGAAUGCUCUGUCCGCAUAA